AUGGAUUCAAAGUUCAUUGCCAUCACACUUGAGUCAUACAUACGGGAAGACAUUUCAAGAACAGUAGCAACCCUACGUAGUGUUCUUCAUGCGAAGCACGGCCAUUGGGCGUCUCACUAUAAGGUUUGGGAUGCAAAACAGAAAGCCGUUGCAGCCAUCUACGGUGGUUUCAAUGAGUCAUAUGCAGAAUUGCCUAGGUUCUUGGCAGCGUUAAAAGAUGCAGAUCCAACCACAGUGACACAGUUGAAGUGCGACCACCGUAGUGUGCCGGGAACUUGCACAUUUAACUGUGCCUUUUGGGCUUUUGGUCCGUGUAUAGAAGGGUUCAAGUAUUGUAGGCCGGUGAUAAGCAUCAAUGCAACGCACCUCUAUGGCAAAUACAAGGGGAAGUUGUUGAUAGCAAUGGCAACGGAUGCUAACAACGAGGUUUAUCCACUCGCGUUUGCCGUUGUUGAGAGUGAGAGCAAGGAGACAUGGGGAUGGUUCUUGGCAUGCCUGAAACGAUAUGUUACGAACCGGACAAAUCUUUGCAUCAUUUCUGACCGACAUUCGGGUAUAAAAGCUUGCUUUGAUGACACAAGGAUGACUUGGUUGCAGCCUCCCCAGGCCCAUCACCGGUAUUGCCUCCGCCAUGUAGUUAGCAAUGUGAACACAAAAUGGAAAAUUUCGGAGUUGAAGAACAUGGUAUGGAGGGCCGCAAGCGCGAAUCAAGUUAGAAAGUUUCAAGCCACACUGGAUUUAAUUCGCAAUGUCAAACCGGCUGCACACAGGUACUUGGAAAAUGAAAACAAAGAAAAGUGGACACUUGCACACGACGGAGGGCGUCGAUACGGAGCAAUGACAACCAACCUAUCGGAGUGUUUUAAUGGAGUACUGAAAGGUGCAUGCAGCUUGCCAAUCACAGCAAUGGUGAGGUACACCUUCUUCAAAGUGAACUCCUACUUUGACGCUCGUCGUAAUCUCGCUCUAGAGCAAUUGGAAGCGGGUCAAGAAUGGUGCAAGUAUGCCAUGGAGAAGUUCGAAAAAAACCAAGCGAAGGCAAAGGACCAUAUGGUGACACGGAUGUGCACACAAGCACGGUUAUAUCAGGUUGACACACCGGGUAAUCCUCUAGGUAAUGGGGGCGGACAACACACGCACAGGGUUGAUCUUCGGGGUAUGACAUGCACAUGUGGAAAAUGGGAAGCAUACAAGAUGCCGUGUUCACACGUAAUAGCAAUUUGUGCUAAGUAUAAGCACGAUGCGCAGCAGUUUAUUGAUCCUUACUAUAGCGUGAGUCAUAGGUUCCAUAGCUAUGAACCGGUAUUCCAACCGUUGAAAGACAGAUUAGCAUGGCCGGAUCCUGAAGAAACUAGAGUAGUGAUGCCCAAUCUGCACCUGAUCCGGAACAAAGGUCGGCCAAAGUCCACACGAAUCCGCAAUGAGAUGGACGAGAAUGAUAGGGAGUUGCCGACCUCCCUAUGGAUCGAGAAUGGACCCAAGUCAAGAUGUGGGUUGUGUCGCCAAGAGGGGCACAACCGUAGAACAUGUCCUACUCGAAAUGCGGAGUCAACUAGCGGUGGAGCUGCAUCAUAG